ACCAUGAAUAUUUCAGAGAGAUGGCUCCUAAGUCCGGUCGUCUGUACGCCAAGGCUGUGUUCACCGGCUUCAAGCGCGGUCAGCGUAACCAGCACGAGAACACUGCUCUCCUUAAGAUGGAGGGAUGCGCCAACAAGGAAGAAGCCAGCUGGUAUAUUGGAAAGAGAUGCGCCUACGUGUACAAGGCCAAGAACAUAACCCCCGUGCCCAACAGCAAGGAGAAGUCCCACCUUCGUGUCAUCUGGGGAAAGGUCACUCGUUCCCAUGGAAACGCCGGGUCCGUCCGCGCCAAGUUCCACCGCAACCUUCCUCCCCAGGCCAUGGGAUCCAGGGUUAGAGUUAUGCUGUAUCCUUCCAGAGUUUAAACUCUGUAAUUCUCUUGAAUAAAUAAUGUGAAGGAAACCAUCUUAUUCAUUUUGAAUUUCCAGAAA